AUGGUCUUGUAUUACGAAUCCAAACACGCCGACCUCUCUCCUCACCCUUCCUAUCUCAUUUACGUCGGUAAGGACAAGUUCGAGAACGAAGAUCUCAUUCGUUUCUCGUGGCCGGAGCAAGAUGUAUGGUUCCACGUGGACGAUUUAUCCUCCGCGCACGUCUAUCUGCGAUUACACGACGGGGAAACCAUCGACUCGAUUCCUCCGAAAGUGUUGCUCGAUUGCGCGCAAUUGGUGAAGUAUAACUCCAUCGAAGGGAAUAAAAGAGAAAAAGUUGACGUGGUGUACACGCCGUGCGAAAACUUACUGAAAAAAUCAAGCUUUGAGGUUGGACAGGUGGCGUAUAAAGACGAAAGUUUAGUCUUAAAGACUCGAAUUAAAGACGGGAGGAACAACGACAUCGUCAACCGAUUGAACAAAACGAAAACAAUUAAAGAAAAUCCAGACUUAGAGAACGAGAAACGAGAACGAGACGAACGUCUUAAACGAAAGAAACGAGAGCAUUUCGAGAAAGAAGAGAAAAAAAGAAAAGAGGAAGAGGAACAGUUGAAACUGGAUGUCAUGGCGAGAGAUUACGAGAGGUUAAACAUAGAGGAGAAGAAAGUGACGAAUAAGGAGAUGAGCGCGAAGUACGAGAGUUACGAGGAAGCGGAGGAGGAUUUUAUGUAG